UUUAGUAGAGGGGUUUCACCACGUUGGCCAGGCUCGUCUUGAACUCCUGACGUCUGAUGAUCCACCUGCCUUGGCCUACCAAAGUGCUUGGGAUUACAGGCAUGAGCCACUGUGCCUGGCGAUUGGGAGGCUUUUGCAGUAACCCAGAGCGCUCUGAUGAGGGCUGGACCUGGUUGGAAAUGAUGAGGAAGGUGAGAAGUGGUUAGGUCUGGCAUAUAUUUUGAAAGGAGAGUUUAAAUGGGUUGAAGGACGAGAGAGAGAAAAAUAAGUUUUAAGGAUGAUGUCAAGGAUUUUGGCCUGAGUAACUGGAAGAGGAGAGAUGCUGUUAUUGGGAUCGGGAAGACUAUGGGAGGAGUGGGUUAUAGCAGGGAUUAUUGAAAGUGUGUUUUGGGCAUGCUAAAUUUGGGGUCUAAAAAGAGAUGUCAAGAAGUGUUCGCUGGGCGUGGUGGCUCACGCCUGUAAUUCCAGCACUUUGGGAGGCUGAGGCGGGCAGAUCACCUGAGGUCAACAGUUCGAGACAAGCCUGACAGUUAUUAAAAUCGAUCAUUGAUGUUUACUAAUUAAUCGUAUUAUUACUCCUAAUACCGCAGAGGGUGUACACCUACCUGUGAUGUCGUUCCUAAUAUCCAGGGACAGAGAGCAUGAUUUUAGUUUUAAUAUUGCAGGUGUACAGUCACCCUGUGACACUGAUCCUAAUAUCCAGGGGGGUAGAGGAUGACAUGACUCCCAACAUAGCAAUGAACGGACAGCCACCCGGUGAUAUUGUUCUUAAUAUUAACGGAAGAAGCCUAUGCUGUGACUCCCAAUAUCUCAGGGUGGAUACAGCUCUUCUGUGAUAUGGUUCCUAGUAUCCGGAAGGGGAGAGAAUGAUAAUAAUUCCAGUAUCGCAGGCUGUGUUCCCCUGCCCUGUGAUAUUGUUAUUAAUAUCCUGGAAUGGAGAGGAUGAUAUGACUCCCCAUACAGCAGGAGGCGUCCACCUAGCCUGGGAUAUUGUUCCUAAUAUCCAUGGAGAGGAGAGACUGAUAUGACUCCCAAUAUGGUAGGGGGUGAACAUCCACCCUGUGAUAUUCUUAAUAUUCCAAGGCUGAGAGGUUGAUAUGACUCCCAGUAUCACAGACACUGUACACCCCCGUGUGAUACUCUUCCUCAUAUCCGGAAGGGGAGAAGAUGGUAUUAAUCCCCACAUCGCAGGAGGUGAACACCCACUCUGUGAUAUCUUUCCUAGUAUGCAGGGGGAGAGGGGAUACUAUUAUUCCAAUAUUGCAGAAGAUGUACAUGCUCCCCCCGUGAUAUUGUCCUUAAUAUUCCAAGGCACAGAAGACGAUGUUACUCCCAAUAUCGCAGAAAGUGUACACCCCCCAGUGAUGUUGUUCCCAUGAUCCAGGAGGGAAGAGGAUGAUACGACUUUCAACCCCUGCACCCUGCAAUGCUCUCACCCUGCAACACCGACACCGAGCUCAACCUGACAUAGGACCAGAGGCCAGCUGCGGGCCGUCCAGCGGCUGUGCUACUUCUACAGCGUCGUCAUGCCCAGCGAGGCCCAGUGUGUCCUCUACCAUGAGCUCCAGCUCUCCCUGGCCCGCAAGGACCUACAGAUCCACUCUGGACUACAGCAAACAAAGUCUGGGGAUUCUCAUUCACCUCCAGAAGAAAGAGGAGGCGCAUGCCUGUCUGCAAGCAGAGAAGAUCUACUACAUCCUGCGGCAGAGCAAGCUGGUGGACCUGUACAUCCAGGUGGCACAGAAUGUGGAUCUGUACACAGGCGACUCCAACCUGGGGUGGAGCCGUUUGAGGCAGCUGGAGACAUCUUCUUCAAUGGGGCCUGGGAGCGGGAGAAUGCUGUGUCCUUCUACCAGUGACUACGGGCAACUGCAAGGGGAGCUGCAGCUGUGCAACAAGCUGGUGGCACUGCUGGCCAUGCUGGAGGAGCCCCAGGAGGGCUUGGAAUUUGCCCACAAGGCCCUAGUUGUCAGCAUCACUCUGGGGGACCGGCUGAAAGAGCGCGUGGCCUACUACCGGCUGGCCGCCCUGCACCACCGGCUGGGCCAUGGCAAGCAGGCGGAGCACUUCUACCUCAAGGCCCUGUAGCUCUGCAACUCGCCACUGGAGUUCGAGGAGGAGUCCCUCUACUACGUGAAGGUGUACCUGGUGCUCGGUGACAUCGUCUACGACCUGAAGGAACGGUUUCAUGCAGCCGGGUACUAUCAGCUGGUACUGGCAGCCGCCGUGGACCUGGGCAACAGGAAGGGCGCAGCUGAAGACCUACACGCGGCCGGCCACCAUCUCCCACAACUUCCUCCUGGACUGCGAGAAGUCGCUCUUCUAUCAGAAGGCCAGGACCUUCACCACAGUGCUCAAUGUCUGAAGGGUCAACCUGCCUUCUCUGCCACUCUGCGGGUGGGCCCCCUGGUUGGCCCCAGCCACCCUCGCUGAGGACAGCAUCCAACGGAGUGGGUUUUGUGCAAGGAGGAUGGUCUCCUGCCUCUUCUGGUGUCCCCCGUGGCUCAUUUUCUGGGAAAUGGAGGCAUGUAAAGCAGGGUUCAAAUAGCAAUGAGUAUUUUUUUUGCAAUAACAUCCUGAAUUCCCCAGGG